AUGCGUGGUAAUUGCGGUGUGAGCUUGUGCCGCAGCGGUGAAGCGAUGGAGUUCGCCCUCAGACAGUGUUGCCGAUCAAUUCGUAUCUGCAAAAUGCUUAUUGGGGAUGAACAGCGCGUGUUGUACGCUCGUCUAAUUCCGGAUAUGUCGCAUCGUCGUGUGCUGUUACUCUACCCAGUUGUGAGCACGGGGACUACAGUGCUAAAGGCUAUAAGUGCACUUAUGGACUCCAAAGUGGAAGAGGAGAACAUUUACCUUACGACUCUCUUUAUAACCCCGCAGAGUGUGAAAAGUAUCUGCGGUAAAUUCCCUCGUGUCACUGUCAUCACAUCCGACGUGACGACUGGAGUGCCCUACAGCUUUGCGAUGAAAUACUUCGGAACGGACUGA